GAGAAAAACUCAGAAAAAUAAAUGCAUAAGUAAAGCACAUACCAAGAAAUGAGUGAGAGAGAUGACAGAGUAGUACAGACUGAUACCCAACCCAACAACAUUAACUUAGCUCAACCAUUUUUUUUCCUUCUUGUUUAUCUUUUCUCAUCAAUGUUGGGUACCUUCACUCAGACAAAACACAAAUCACUCUUUCUUGAUCAUCAAUAAUGGGGAGUAAGUCACUGUUUCUGUCUCUUCUUCUUCAUCUUCUCUUGCUAAUCAGUCCAAGUAAAGCUGGUUUUGGUGUUGGUGUUGGUGUUGGCAUUGGUGGGGGUGGAGCAGGCAGAGGUGGUGGUGGUGGAGGAGGAGGAUAUGGUAGUGGUGCAGGAGGAGGAUAUGGCAGUGGUGGAGGAAGUGGGGGCGGAGGUGGUGGUGGAGGUGGUGGAGGAGGAGGUGGUGGUGGUGUUUGGGUUGGUGGAGGAGUUAUAAAUCCUACUCCUACUCCAACUACUACUCCUAGUACUAAUCCAAAUGCAAACCCACCAGAGUCAUCAGAAUCAUCAAAUGCAAACCUGAAAUUAGCUUACAAUGUUCUGCAAACAUGGAAAUCAGCAAUCACUGAUGACCCUUCAGGAAUUUUGAAAACUUGGGUUGGUUCUAAUGUAUGUUCAUACAAAGGGAUAUUCUGUUCAGAAAAUGGUGAUGACUACCAAGGAUACAUCUCUAGUUCAACAAGCAGUCUUGUUGUUGCAGGAAUAGAUCUCAAUCAUGCUAAUCUUCAGGGUUCAUUAGUAAGAGAACUUUCUCAACUCUCUCAACUAUCUCUUUUACAUUUGAAUAGUAAUAGAUUCUCAGGAAACAUUCCUUACACUUUCAGAGAUCUUUCAUCACUUACUGAGUUGGAUCUCAGUAAUAAUCAGUUCUCUGGUUCAUUUCCUUCAAUCGUUCUUCAACUACCAAAUCUUAUUUACUUAGACUUAAGAUUUAACUCAUUCUCAGGACCCAUUCCUGAAGAUCUUUUUAACAGAAAUCUUGAUGCAAUUUUUAUCAACAACAAUCAGUUUAGUGGCCAGAUUCCUCAAAACUUAGGAAAUUCUCCAGCUUCAGUUAUAAAUUUAGCAAAUAAUAAGUUUACUGGAAAUAUACCUUCAAGUUUUGGUUAUAUGGGUCCUGGUUUGAAAGAAAUCUUGUUCUUGAAUAAUCAACUAACGGGGUGUAUACCAGAAGGUGUUGGGUUAUUAACAGAUAUGGAAGUACUGGAUUUGAGUUUCAAUUCAUUUACAGGACAUUUACCAAAUUCUAUGUCAUGUUUAGAGGAAAUUGAAGUGUUGAAUUUUGCUCAUAACAAAUUCUCUGGUGUUCUACCUGAUUUGGUUUGUUCUUUGAAGAGUUUGAUUAAUCUUACGGUUUCGUUUAAUUUCUUCUCCGGGUUCGAUCAAGAAUGUAACAGGUUGUUUUAUGGUGGUAUUGGUUUUGAUUUCUCUGGAAAUUGUAUACCAGGAAGAGAGUACCAGAGACCUGAGCCUCAGUGUGAGAUAAAUCCUGGUGGUUUUAAUUGUAUGAGAAUUCCAGUAUCAAGACCUUUGAUGUGUCGAUCAUCUAUGGAGUUUCAUACAAAAGAGAGCAGUAAAAAAGAGAGCAGUGCAAAAGAGAGUAUUACAAAGCAGAGCCUCACAAAAGAAAGUAAUUCAAAGACAAGUAGUACAAAAAAGAGUAUUGCAAAGCAGGGUAAUACAAAACAGAGUAUUUCUCAUCCUUCUUCAAGUGUAUCAUCUCCUCCUCCAUGAAUGGAGCAAGAUAGAAGGGACAGUUUUCAGAGAGUGCAAGCAAAAUUUAAGAAUAGAAUGACAUUUGCAAGAUGGUCAUAAACUGCAGCAAGGUAGUUAUGAUUCAGAACUUUAGAAUUUAUUGUUUUCCAUGGUACUGUAUUUUGAUAAACUUGCCUCCUAUUAUGAAUUCUAUUGGUACUGUAUUUAUGUGAGAUACCAGAGUCAAAACUCAAAAAAGCAAUGAGUUUGACACUUUUGUAAGAGUUUAUUAGGUCUUACUUAAUCUAAUUUAUACAUAAUUGACUAA